AUGGCUGGUUGUUCCUUUGACACACAGUGGGCAGGGGGUUGCCGACCCCUUAAGUCUUCGUAUGCAGCUGCUGCCCCAUGGCGUGGCUCGGGCAGUCUCUCCCCGCAGGCAGAAAUCCAACAGGUGCUGCUCGGGCGGCCGCCGUUGGCGCGAGAAGCUUCGCCUGUUGAGUUUCUGGCGGGGAGGAAGCGGCAGCCUCACGGUCCCCCUCGCCCCGCUUCACGUGUAAUGAGGGGCUCUUCACACGUUGCGCCGCGAAGGGAAGAAAGGCGGGCGAGACACGGCAGGCGGCGAUAUUUAAGGAACGGGAGCCAUGACGCAGCCACCGACUUCUGGGUACGUUCCCUGGCAGGGAGCGGGGUUUUGGCGCACCCAAAAUGGCAGAAGUAAAUGCACGUCGACUGGUCCCUCCUUGGUGGGACUGGAGAUGGCUCUCCAAGGGUCUGGCAGGAGGAGAGGAUGCCAAGUGGGGCGGGGAGAUUCCAGGGCACUCAGAAAAGCAUGUAAACAUUUCACUGUAUAGGGCCCCACUCUCUUGGUGGCCCCCCAAAAAAUUAAAGGAAAAAAAACCUGGAUGUACAUUUCCAAAAUACAAGCUAAAAAACAAAAUAAAACCUACAUACAGCAACAGUGUUUUGUGUUGUGUAGGCUCCUAUUUGUUAUGUGCAAAUGGCUUUGGAUACCUAUUAGGUCCAUAAAUUACCAUAUAGCAUAUAUUCAACACAGAAAAACAGCGACAGUUUGUUGUUGACAAAAGACAACUGGACAUACCUUCAGUAGCUUAAGGCCUCAUCAAACCUAAAUCCGGCCCUACUCUAUACACACACACACACAUUUUUACUUUCAAAAUGAGAGCAAGAGCAUCACUUGAUGCUGCAAGUUCACCCCUCCUGUUGAAUGUUUCUAUACAUAAGUCAGGUACCUAUGUAAAAGGCUCAUUUGUAAUUAUAUAUUUGGGAACAAUUCAUGUUCUUGCGCAGCUGUGUUGCUUUACACUUUGUGGGUGUUCCACAAUCAUACUACAAAAUACCGCAUUUACUCGAAUCUCACGCUCGCCCUUUUUUGGCCAAAUUACGUUGCGGAAAUGAAGGGGUGCAUUGGAUCUGAUGGCACAUUGGCAUUUGCCAGCAAAUACUUUUUUGGGUUGUCAAGGUGCUGAAAAUGGAAGUCUCCGUUAGGUCCGGUGGUGAAUUAAACUCAUGUCAAGCAUUGCUAGGAGUUGUGUCCCGCCCCCCAAUGUAUUUGUAAUCAAUUUUUUAAAAAAUGGUUGUGGUGCUAUCAAAUUUUUAUUCCGUGGCCCAGAGAAUUUUUUUUGAGAACCACAGCUUUAAGGUGUUGCUGGAUUACAACUCCCAUUAUCCCUGACCAUUGGGCCCUUCUGUUCGGGGCUGAUGGGAGUUGGAGACUCAGAGCAUCUGGAAGGCUGCAAGCUCUCCCGCUUAAGGAGACCUGAAGAAAGCCUAAGAACCAAUUCCUGGCGCUAACUGGGAAAUUAAAGACAUAGCACCAAACAUCUGGUUCUGCUGUGUCACAACAAAUUAAUUGCAAUUAUACACACCUGGGAGUGAAUUCCAUUUAACUUAAUGGGACUUGCUUCUGAAUAAAGGUCUCCAUGGGAAUAGAAGGGUGAUGCAUCAAACCUUCAACAAAUUCUUUACUAUAGGGAUUCUUUACAGACCCAAUGUUGGUAGCAAAGGAUUAUUAUUAUUAUUAUUAUUUGUUGUUGUUGAAUGAAUAGAAAAGAACUGAUUCUUCUGAGACACACAGUAGAAGCAAACUGACUCCUGCCACAAAGGGCUCAAUGGAUGUAACACAGAAACCUCAUCAACCUCCAAAAAGCCCACUUUUGAAAGCCUGUCAAAUGCAACUAAAUGAAGAGUACUUUGUAUACGUGAGUUGCAAUAAGGCAGGAUGAUGUGUUUGGGCUGAGGCCACAGACGGCCCUUCGCUUCACCCACCACCAGUCAGUUCACAACAGGCUUUGUUACACUUCCCUGAGUUUCAGGGAGCUUUCCUCCCCUUGGUGAUUCCAUUGCAUCCUACCCUGGGCUUUCUUGUCAACGUGUGACACACACAAAGCUUCAGUGAAGGUUUUGCAGAGCUCCUAAUGGUUCAAAGCACAAGCAGUGAGUUCAGAGCUGCUAUCUGCACUAGGGGACAGACCAGAGUGCCAAAGUUUGCGCAAAAGCACUGCAUGGCCUUCUAUUUCUCCGCAGCCUUAACUAGGCUUGUUUGUUUCAGUGUUGUAGACUGCUGUUUAUCCAAAAGGUCCCAGGUUAGGUUUAUAACAUAGCAAAUAAAAACAGCAACAUAAAAAAACCAAUAAAUGUCAUAACUGGAAGGUGGUGCUGAAAAAUACCUACAAGACUUUGCCUGGAACCUAAAGGAUAAAUCUAUUUGGGGAAAGACGGGGUGAGGAAUAUUUUGGGAUUUUUUUUUCAACCUGAGGAUCGCAUUCCAUUUUGGGCAACAUUUGGGGGGGGGUCUUGCUAAAUGCAAGUGGUGGGUGUCUUGUCAAAUGUGAAGUGGUUCUUUUAAAAAAGAUUCAGAAACAAUACAAAACACGAGUGAGAAGAAGAUGAUUUCAUUCCUGAGCACCAAGCAAUAUAUGCAUACCAGUCAUGUACUUCUAUCCGCCACUUGGAAGCCCUCAAGGAAUGGUGAAGUGACUCCCCCCAGUAGCCUUAGAUUGCACAGCCCUGUGGCCGAUCAGUCCAUGCACGAGCUUCUAAAUCACUCUGCCCAAACCUUCUGAUUGUCAGAGACCAGGCUGAGGAGUACAACUAUGAGGAAUGGUGGGAGCCUACCUCUUCCCCCUGUUCAUGGCCAGGAUCCUGAAACUCCACAGGAGCAGGGCAGUAGUGUUGAUUUGGAACAAUGGUUUGCUGAGGGGCACAAUUUGGAAGAUGAUAGUUGGGCAGAACUGGGAGGUGAACAGUAAGAAGAAGAACGGGAAGAGAGCGAGCUAGCCGAUUCUCUCUCACUGGAAGAUGUGCAGCCUCUCAGUCCCACGGCUAGGGGAUUAGUUAAGGUGGCUUCGCAAAAGGCUCAGUUGUUGAGAGAACAGGUGGCUAGGAGAUGAGAGGGCGUACGUGACCAGAGGGAAGUGGGCAGAACCUUAAUUGGGAGCAUCUGCACUCCGAGAAUGGCCGCUUGUGCUUUUGCUGCAUUCAUUAAACAUUUCUGUUACUGGUAAAAGACUGCUUUCUCUUUGUACUGCUUAUCUACUACCAAGGGGGGGGGGGGAGCCAAGCCCCCGAAGCCUGAAACUGAUUUUAUAGAUGUCUACGGAGGUUGAUGUGGGAGGAGGCCUUCCUUUAAUUACCAGGAUCCCAACCAAUACAGAGUUUAAUAAGUACUUGAUCCUAACAAAACCAGUGAAUCCAUAUGUGUGUUUUUUUAAAAAAAAAUAGGGGUCUUUUAAAGGCAAUCCUGAUCAUAUGAGUAUUGCUUGCUUUUGGAGCACAUUUUAAAACCUGGUCAUUUAACAAGUCUAAUAGUGAAUGCACAUAGUGUGGCUGGUACUCUGUACUUGUGAGUACUGUCACAAAAAAACUGUGUGUGAGAGUAACAGGGUUGGUUUAAAAUAAAUAAAUCACCACACCCAGUUGUUCUUGAAUUGUUAAAGGAGCCUCCCUGAUGAGGGGCGAGGAGGGCAUUCAUAGAAUUGUAGAGUUGGAAGGGAUCCUGAGGAUCAUUUCAUCCAACCCCCUGCAAUGCAGGAACAUGCAGCUGUCCCAUACAGGGAUCGAAUUUGCAACCCUGGCAUUAUCACCCCAUUCUCUAACCAACUUGAGCACACUUCUUGUUACAACCAAAUAUCUGCCCUCCGACUGGUCUCCUCCAACAGAGGUUCGAAGUUUGGGCAUCUGGAUGGCACUGCUACUAAACUUAUUCAGAAUAAGGCAAACACAAAUGAGAGAUCGAGCUCUGAAGUGGCAAGCAAGGGGAAUGAGCAUCUUAUUUAUUAUCACAUUUCUGUUCCGCCCUCCCUCCAAGGAGCUCAGAGCAUGACACGCAUCCUUCUGCCUCCCACUCCCCGUUUUGUGUCCAAAGCUACUUCACUGAGCUUGCACGAGUGAAGAGCUGAACCCACGUCUCCACGGGAUGGUGGUUUCUACACUCCAGUGUCUUUCUGUGCACCUCACUGGCUUAUCAGGUUUUUUGCUUCGGUCAGGUUACGAACUGCUUGCAGCUUUAAAUGUUUGAUUCGAAGCACAAAUUGGUUAAUUGCUUGGGUGGAGAUUGGAAGGUAAAGGGGCCCCAGAAGCUAGUGUUAGACACUUGUUCUCUGCUUUGUGGUUGAGUGAUCUUCCAGUUUGUUCUGGUUAAGUAAGUACCCUGCAUGCAUACAGAACAAAAUGUAUUGAGGUCUAGUUGUAAUAAUGCUGUUGAAUAUUUAGAGGCUUUAAGUAUAGUAGUGGAUAUUAACUUGGUCCUGAGGUUUGGUUUAUUUGCUUGAGCUCUACAGAGCUUAUUUAUUGUGUAGAUAUGUUUUGCCUAUCUGAGUAUACGCCAUGAUAUAUUUUACCAUGUUAACGGGAAAAGGAGGGGUAGAAAUGGCUGGCAAUCUUCAGGUAGCAACUGAGCUUGAAGAUGUGCUGUGCUGUGCUGGUCUGGCUUCUCUCAUUUUACACAGGGUGCUAACCCUCAAAUAAUCCCCUAUCAUAGUGGUUCCCAUUUAGGGGUCUGCAGAACACACCCAGGGGGUCCAUAUCCCCAUUCUUUGCCUCCCACCAAGUUUUUUUUUGUUAUUUUUGCAUGGUAAUAUCUCAAAUUUUUGGUCUGUUUUAGUGUUGCCCCACAGUUUGUUAAAAAAUGCUUUGCAGAGGUAACUACUAUAGAAUUAUCAAAACUUUCAAAAGAAGGGGGCCAGUGGCUUGGCUUUUUAAAAUAGGGGGUCCUCAGUAAUUAUCUAAUUGGGAACCACUGCCUUACCAUGUUCAUUGGGAAGCUCGGCUACCUGUUGUAAUCCCCUCCCUUAAAAAAAAGGAAGUGAAUUAGAAAGCAAAGGAAUCAUAACUCACUUAUCACAUAUACAGAAACAAAAUGGGUAAUGAAAACCUAUGUAACACUAAACCCUACAAGGCAGGAGUUUGCAUAGUUUCUCUGAUGUGGGUUAAUUGAAUGGUCAUACAAUUCUUAAAAUCUUGUUCCUAUCCUCUACAGUCUAUAAAACAGGAUUGCUAUACCUGCAAACAACAAUGAUGCCUUAAGAUGUAGGGUGCAAUGAUUAGUGUGUCUCACUUGGACCUGGGAGACCAGGCUUCAAAUUCCCACUUGGUCAUGAAACUCACUGGGUGACCUGGACCAGUCGCUGCCUCCCAGCCUAACUUGCCUCACAGGAUUGUUGUGGAGAUUAAUUGAGGCAGCGGGGGAACCAUGUAUUCUGCCUUGAAGAAGAAUGUGGGAUAUAACUAAUAAAUAAAAAGUCUUCAAAACCUGCAACUAUAGAUUUGUGUGGUUGCAUGAUUGUGAAGAGAGUGAGCUCUGAGCCGCUAAGCUGCAUAGUCUGAUAUUGCACUAUAACUGUACUAUGCACUGCACUAAAUGCAUUCCUGUGUAGGCAUGGGAAAUUGGGGAGAUGCCUCUUUUAAGGACCUGCUGCACUGUACACUUAUAGACCUUUGAGCUGGGGGGGGGGGAUAACCUCUGGCCCUCCAGAUGUUGCCACAACCCACAUCAGCCUCAGACAGCCUGGUUAAUGUUCAAGAGUGAUGGGAGCUGUGGUCCAGUAAUAUCUGAAAGGUCACAGAUUAUCUCCCCUUGCCCUUUAAAGAAAGAAAAAGCACGUGAGCUUUCAGAAUUAUCAUUUUGUCUUGUAUUCACAUUUAUUCUGGUUUAAUUGGCUCAUUGUUCUUGUACAAAUUAUUAGUAUUUGAUGCCGGAAAGCCCUCUUAACACUUUCAUCAUUGACUUGAACCUCUGUUUUGGGUGGGUGUGGGAACAAAAUAAUCUCACAACUGCAGAUUGGGUGAUCUCAUCCUGCCCCCACAAACAGAGUUGACUUCCUUGACAAUUGCGUGCAAGAGAUUAUAAGUCGAUUGCCUUUCUCCCCAAGCAUCUCUAGCUUCCCUGUGUGAUGUUGGCUGGAGCAAGUCCAUUAACGCAUCCCACCUAAUUAUCAGCUAUACUUAAGGGGAAAUGGCACUGUAGAUGACAAUUUGGCUGUCAAAUGUAACUUGUAACAGAGAGGUUUUUGUAAAUGGGACCAGUGAGUUGGAGGCUUUGAUAUUUAAAAUUGAUCUUUUGCAUUUCUUGUCUCUGCAAAUAGAACAAAAUGUUAAAAUUUGUUUAGUCAUUAAAUAAGUCACUGACUCCUCCUUUUUGUCCUGCUGUUACAAUGCCCAGAAUUAAUGGAUGCAUUCAGUCUAAAAAAAGAGUUAUUGCACAAAUUUGUUGCCUCCACUUUAAGCCACUGCUGAAUUCUUCUGUCCUUCUUUUUCACCAAAACACACAAAUGUCUCCCCACCCCCCUUGUCUUCCUGUAAAACUUUUUGUUCUCUGUCCAGGUGGAACGGCAGCGAUUGUACUGCAGCAACUACCAAAUCAGCAGGCUGUAG